AUGCAACCUUUACAGCUUACAAACGAUGCAGCUUACAAGUUUGAGUUGUGGAAGAAGCUGCUAGGCGAAUCGCUAGGAGUCUCUUCAAGCAAUGAAGUCGAGACAAAGGCCAGUGUGCACGCAGCCAUUCAUCGGGUAGCGCUGCCAAUUGUGCAAAGCCACCUACCACGUCGUGUACGGGAGCCGUGUUGCCUUGCCGGCUCCUGCACAACACCCAACAUUCCCUUUGCGCACCGCUGCGUUCAUCUCGGCCGCAGUCGCAUUGAAACCGUGGAGAGCUGCCGCGAUGAGCUAUGCUUUUGCCUGGCCCACUCGACAGCCUGCGCGGGGCCUGAGGUGGACUUGGUGGUGCACGGCUACUACUCUUCUGGCAACGACAUGCGCAGUCGAUAUCGCGGGCUGCGGUGCCUCCUGCACCACACCGCCGCGCGAAGCAUCCGCUUCGAGAGCGUUGAUAACCAGCACGAUACGCAGGAGAUUGUGGGCGAGUUGGGCUACCUGUUGCAGAAGUCGCUGCCACAAAGCUGCUGGCGUGAACUUCACUUGACUCGCUGUUCCAUGACGCCCAACUCUUUCCGCAGCCUGCUCACCUGUCUGCGUCGGCACGACACGCUGACGCAUGUGUCACUUGAAGGCUGCCACGUCGGCAGCUCCACGCUCAUAGGAGAGUACGUGAGAUCCACCUCCACCCUGACACACCUUUCCCUGCGUGGUACCACCAUGGCCAGCGACUGGGCGUCUGUGGGACGUGCAGUGGCACAGGCGCCAUCCAUCGUCCACGUUGACGUAUCAGCGUGCAACUGGCAGGAUACCCCGCACCUCGCGGAGUUCGUUACUUCCCUUUCCAGCUUUUUGCAGCGGCCACGCUUUGCCCUGGACCUUUCCGCCAACCUGCUCACAUCCAAGUGCUUCUCCGUGUUGGCUGGGGCAGGUGCGCAACUGCUUUCCGGCGUCACCGAUCUUUACCUCGGUGGGCACCGCUUCACAGAGGACGAAGAACCCCUUUCUCAGCUCCUCAGCGUGUACGGCAACUUGGACUCGCUCAACCUGGGCCGGUGCACCUUCAGCACGGGGGUCGCCCAACGCGUCCUGCGUGCGCUGGGCGACAAGAAAAAGGUUUGGCGUCUUGUCGAUGUUUCCUACACAAACAUUCCCUCGGGCUCAUUCAAACGCAUUUGUCAAGCGGCCUUUUCGGCUGGUACGUCGUUGCUCUGCUGCUCAGGCGUGGAUCUGCACGGGCAAAUCACUAAAGUGGGCUUUGCCAGCUGCGCCUCUGCUUUGUCGCGCCUGGAGUUGUCGCGGUGUAGCUUGACGGACGACUGUGUCAGUCAACUCGCCUCCGCGCUGGAGAAGGGUGCGCCGCUUCCGUUGCAGCAUCUUUCGCUGGGACACAACGCCGUGGACAAGGGACGCACCAAAGGCGACGGAAGUUUCCUCUUUCUCUGCAAGGCCCUUCGCUCGCACAAUGCGCCGUCGCUAGAGUCGCUGGACCUCUCCGGCAACAAGCUCCCUGUCCUGGCCAUUGCCGCUUUUAUGGAGCAGGUCGUCAGCACGGUGCGCGUCAUCGAUUUUUCAAACACCUCCAUCGCAGAUUCGUCUGCAGAUCGAGUGCGGGUGUUGACCACCUUGAUGCGACGUCAGCGAAGUCCAAGCCCUUUUCUCCUUCUCGACGUUUUUAUGGCAUCAUCUGUGGAUGAUGUAUGGGCAGGCAUGAAGGAAGUCACAGAGUGGCUGGCUACCCAGACGAGCGUGAGAUUGGAGACGGAAGUCGGUAGUGGCGGAACCAAAAACACUCGCUGCUGA